CGCCUAUACACCAACCAAUCCGCCUCCAUUCCCAUUGACCAAAUCUUCAAGUUCUGUACUCUCUUCAUCAAAGUCGUUUCUCCCCCAGUUGCUAUACGGCCCCGUCAUUUCUCCCAGAUAUAAAUCUGUGACACCAAAGAAAGUCCUCUACGAUGGCUGCGAGUACUCCUGCUUCACGAAAUAUCAUACAAGAUAUCAUUAACAAUCUCCGCUUCGACUGCACCACUCUCAAAUCUUGUUCCCGCGUCUCGCGUGAUUUCUCCGCCUACACCCGUCCCCAUCUGUUUCACCUCAUACGCGGAAUUUCGAUCAAAAUCGAGUCAUGUUACUCGAUAGACGCCCUGAUAUCUAUCUCUCGGCACGUACGUGCCGUUCGGCUAUCAAACGACGACUUGUUUAACGCCACCAUGCCGCUUAUCAUAUCAUCCUUUGAUCAUCUUGAACACAUCUGUAUACUGGGAUACGUGAAUUUGUCAGCGCUCCCAGGGGAUAUGAUUAAGGCCUUGACGUGCCAACGUUCGUUGGUCACAUCCUUAGAAUUGAAUGCGGUCGACUACACAGAUAUUCGCAUCUUGAACCAGUUCCUCCAACCGUACCUGGGACUCCGAAAACUGGGUCUAUUAAACAUGCGAUUUGACAUGAGGGCGUACUCUGUGGGCAAAACGGGUGCUUCGGGUCCGAAACCACAACCGAUGGAGUUAUCACUGCAUGCUGGGACCCUGCUCCGCCCCUUUCUCUAUCCCCAUUCUCCGGCAUCAUUAAACCGAUUACAAAAGUUGAGCGUGUCGGCUCUUUUUAUGGAAGAUUUCAUGAGCCUGGCGCUGGUGAUUCGUUUGGCGCCGAACCUUCGAGAGUUGCAUCUAAGGGGUUUGCAGAAAGAUUCUAGGUGGUUCAAGCCAAAACCCCUUGAUCUCUCGAGCAUUGAAGUCGUCUCAUUUAACUUGUUCGAAGCAAACGAAGAAUUUGAGCAACAUCUCCAUCCGGGUUUGAUUCUUGCGUGGUGGAUCGAAAGUUUUAGAAGCGGAGUCGCGUUACGAUCAAUUACUAUGACCGUGCAGGUUAAUACUACUGAAAAUGGACUAAUUAACGCGCGCCUGUGGGAGUGGUUCGAUGCUAUUCUAGGUUCUCUGGGAACAAUCAAGGCAGUACGUGGAAUAAUUCGGGGAGAGAAAGGGCAUGUGUUGAAAAAGAUGAUUGAUAACAAGUGUAACCGCUUGACUGUGAGAGGGUUGAUGGAGAUAAGGGUGAACGGGCCACAAAGAAAGGGGGAAUGAAGUGAAUAGGUGUUUCUGCCGUGCCAAUGUUCAAUGAUAAAUGUGCUCUUGCGCU